AUGGUGCCCCUCAAUCGCUUGAGUGUAGAAGACCCCCAAGAUGUUCUUCCACUAUUGCCUGAGACUGCAGAGGCGAAAGUGACGACACUUGUAGUACACAAACAAGAAACAACACCAUGCAGAGACUUUUUCAUCAGCAGGCCUGAGAAUGCUGUCCUCAGUGUGAUUCUUCUGGUCGGGUGCUACUCUGCAAUUCUGAUUCCAGCAUAUUUCCCCCUGCAUAAACUCUCUGUUACUGAUGAUCAAUAUCCCAAAUGGGAGGAGGUGCUUAACCGUUCAGCCUCGCUGCUGUCAGGCCGGUGUCAUCGUCGCUGGUGUGUGGAGCGCCUGAAGCAGCUGCCAUGCUCUUCGGCCCUGAUGAACAUCUCCGUGUUCGUGCGGCGAGAAGCGAGCGCCGCAUCAUGGGAUACGCCCCCUCCUCUGGGGCUCCGCGGGAGCCGAGAGCAUCUGGCCCGGGCUCUGGCAUCUAUGCCUCAGCCUGGCCUGCCUCAAUCUCUGCAGAGAGGUGGCGGAUGCAGAAGAUGCGUGGUGGUGGGCAGCGGAGGGGUCCUCCAUGGGAGCCACCUUGGAUCUCAUAUAGAUCAGUACGAUGUCAUCAUUAGGAUGAACAAUGCUCCAGUGCUUGGCUAUGAGACAGAUGCUGGUUCUCGCACCACCAUGCGCUUGAUCUAUCCGGAGGGAGCACCCAGCUCUACCGAUGAGUACAGCAAGACCUCCAUCAUUGCUCUUGUGGUGUUCAAGAGUCUGGACCUAGACUGGCUCACCUCUAUCAUCACCAAAAAACCUCUGGGCUUCUGGUCCAAGUUGUGGUUUUGGAAGGACGUAGUGGAUGAUAUUCCCUUGAGAGCAGAGAACUUCCGGAUCCUCCAUCCAGACAUUAUUCGCAAGACUGGAGAAGCCCUGCAGAAAUACUCACAGAAACAAGGAAACGUGGUUCAUGACGUCAGCGCUGAGAAGCUCUUUCUGAGGCAGCUGGUGGCAGCUGGCGCUGUCAGCGACCUCACGGGAGCGCUGUGAGGU